AUCAGCACCUCGAUUGGCGCGUUUCUCUAAAUGGCGGGAACAGCUGGAAAUAAUGUGAAGAUUUCGUGAUCUCGUUCGUAAUGAUGAGACGUGCGAAUACUGGAGGCACAAUGAAACCGAAAAAGCAGACAUCGCUAGGCAAAGGCCAAAGACUGCUGUCUGGCUAUUUCAACAAGGGCUUGAAACAGUCCACUUGGAAUGAACCAAACAUUGGGAAGAAAGGUGCACCUUCGUUAAUGCUGGAGGUUGUUGACCUGAGUGAUGACGACUUUGUGCCUCCGACACCGUGUGAGCGCUCCUGCAAGCCUACACUGGCAAAGUGCACGUCCAUAGGCAGGUCAUCUGUAAAGAGCCCAAUAAAGCAUUUGGACGCAGAGACCGUCGUAGAAAGGACAUUGCCAAAGUCAUUGAGGCUGAGAAGCUCACCAGUCAAACAAUCGCCCAAGAGUGUAUCUUCAAUAACUGGGACAUUGCCGCAAACAAAAAGAAAACUUGAGGACGAAGUCGACAGCUGCGUUAGUGUCGAUAUCAAGCGCCCAUCGCUUGCUCGGGACUCGAAAAACUGUACUAGUGCCAGCGUUGUUCAUUCCUUGCCAGUGCUAGCAACUAUAGAAAACUUCCCAGAGAAGGCUUCCUUGCAACCGUUUUGGCAAGGUGGCUCGGAAAACCUGACUGUUGAAGAAAUUUGCGCUGACGAUGACUUGGCAUGUGCCAAGGACAUUGCUGUGGACGACUGGGGACUAGAUGACGACUUCGAUCUUGGACACGAAAGCCUCGACAUUGACAUAAAUGCUGUGCCGGUGUAUCGGAGUAUAAAGGCUGUUGUAAAAGAUGUAAGCUACACUACACCAGGGUGUGUUCGCCUUACUGUCCAACAAACUGGAUUGCAAGAGGAGCUUCAGUGUGUGCUAAAAGGGUCCUGGCAAAAUGAAAAGGUCUGCCCUGGCGAUGUCAUCUUCAUUCAUGCCAAGUUCAUAGGGAGGACUGCAAAUAUAGACAGUGAAGGUGGCUUCAUUGUGACAUAUCCCGACAUGCUUGUAAAUAGCACUACAGUAGUGGCCUCUCUGUUCUGCACCCGUAAAAGUGUACUUGCAAGCAAAUUUCGUGACGUUGAUGGAUCCAAUGUGACCAUGCUUGUAGGCAGCAUUGCUCAUGAGUUGUUUCAAAAGGCAGUGACCAGGAAUGCUAGCAAGGAUGGAAUGUUGCAAAUACUCAACAAGGUUCUCCAGAGGAGUGAUUUCUUGCAUGAAAU